AUGGUUUCAAACAUUUGGGUAGCUGCCGCAGAUAACCAGGUUAAAAUCGUUGAAUCAUAUUUGGAUAGUGGCGAUUUCACUCCAAAUUCGAAGGACCCAAAUGGAUAUACUCCAAUACAUGCAGCAGCAUCGUACGGCCAUAUAGGCUUGUUGAAAUUAUUGAUAAAGAGAGGAGGAAACAUUAAUAUACAAGACAGUGAAGGGGAUGCCCCAUUGCAUCAUGUCGAAGAUCUCAGAACUGCAAAGGUAAUGGUAGAGGAGUUGAAGGCUGAUUGGAAAAUUAAGAACAACGAAGGUCAAAUACCAGCAGAAUACAUUGAAGAAGACGACGAGUUUCCAGAAUUAGCACAAUAUUUAAGAUCAUUAUCUCAUGACCAACCACAAAGUACUGGUGUCUCUGGUGAUGAAACGCUUGCUUCGUUACCAGCUCCAGGUAACAUAGAUGGUCAUCAAAUCAGAUAUACUAUGGAAAACGAAGUUCCUAGUCAAGAAGAAAGCUUCGACGACGAAGAAAGACGUAAGAAGAUUGAACUGAUAUUGAAUAGUGAAAAUCCAGAGGAGGCCUUACGAGACCUUGUUAGAAGUGCCGUUCACGAAGGUAUGUCCAAAUACAAGAGCGAACAAGAGUUCCAAGACGAGGAAGCUCCUUCAUCAAAGAAGAGAAAGGAUUAG